AUGAGCAAAGUACUCGAAAUUACAAGCAAAAAGGUAGUCGGAGGCCAUACCCGCGAAGCCUGGGGAAUCUUCAGCUCUUGGGCCAGUGGUGGCAAGAUGACCGUGAAGCCUGAGACGAAGAACUCGGAAAUACCACCAAUUAUCCAUUGCGUUCGUCAUAGGGAAGGCUUUCAUGAUGUUGGUGACGAUUGCUAUGCCAUUCCUGAACCACGUUUGACACCAACUGGUGAGAGUCAAUGUGAAUCGCUUCGUAAAGGCGCCUUCUUUGACCAGUCGAAAGUUUCACUUAUCAUAUCUGCACCUACGUGUGGAACCCUUCAAAUUGCAUCUCUAGUUUUCCAGACAGUUCUAGCGUCGACUCUCAAAUCCCAAAGAAUUAUCGCCUUCCCUGACGCCCAAGGAAUGUCAAGUGAUCCGUGUGACAAUGAGUCGGACCCAGACAUCCUGCCGCGCAUUGUGGAACAGGAGAAAUGGCCUGUGGAGCUUUCAUUGGUGAAAGAGGCCUGGAAGCCGUUAUAG